AUGGCCGAUGGGCGCGAGAACUCCAAGCUGUUAACCUACGAAGCCUUCGAAGGGGGUCGUAAGCAAACGAAGGACUAUCAUGGAAUGUUUGACCUAAAGUACUUUGUGGCGUGGUUCCAGCGACUGCUUGAUGAAGCCGAUUCUCUGGGAAAGUUCAAUGCUAUCAUCGUGUUAGACAACGCGAAGUACCACAAGGGCCUACCCGACAACACGCCGAAGGUCUCGUGGACGAAACGAAAAAUGGCGGAGGCUUGCGAAGCCUAUGGAAUCGAAAUUGACGUGAAGGAGUUCCGAUCGACGCUUUGGGCCAAGCUGAAGACCCCUAUUGCAGCGAACAUCGUACCUGUGAACGUGCAGUUGCAAGGACCGCGGCCAUGA